GUUAUUCAAAUACGCGGGUUUACGAGGUUGUCCUCCUCCUGUCAUUCUCUCAUCUGAUUUGCCGUACUCCUUUGCCCAACAUGCUGUCUUCCCUGGGCCAACAUCGAGGUCCAGUUUACCCCAUCUAUGAG